CCCUCUCUUUGACACCAUGCGGUGGACCUUCCCGGUUCUAGCCUUUCUGUGCAUCCUCGCAUCGGCCCAGGUCCACUGUUCCGGCGUUUUCGAACUGCGGCUGGAUUCCUUCUUCAACGACCUGGGGCGCGAUGCCGAUGGCACGUGCUGCCAGGGCGUCCGUCCGUCCGGCUCGUCCGCCUGUUCCGGCCAGUGCCGGACCAGGUUUAGGAUCUGCCUCAAACAUUACCAGGCCACUAUCGACCCGGGGCCACCCUGUACGUACGGGGAGACCCUGACGCCUGUAGUUGGCAACAACUCCGUCAGUCUGGGACAGCCUGAAACGACUUUUGCCAACCCCAUUAGCUUUGCAUUCGACUUUUCAUGGGUGGGCACCUUCUCCUUGAUUGUGGAAGCUUGGCACGAGGGCGAACCCAGCACUUCGCCAGGUGGUGGUGGGGGAGAGCGUCGCUUGAUUGCCCGCCUGGCUACCCAGCGGUGGCUGGACGUGGGCGAGGGAUGGACUCAGGAAUUGCACCGCACCAACCACACCCGCUUUGCGUACGCUGUGCGUGUGCGCUGUUCGCCCCACUACUAUGGUGAAGGAUGCGCCCGACUCUGUCGUCCUAGGGACGAUAAGUUUGGACACUAUGUCUGCUCCUCCGCGGGAGAGAAGGUCUGCCUGCAAGGUUGGACUGGAGAAUACUGCACAGUUGCUGUCUGCUUACCAGGUUGUCACAACGAACACGGAUACUGCGACCAACCUAACGAAUGCAAGUGCCGCUUGGGAUGGCAAGGAACCCAUUGCGAUAGCUGUAUCAGAUAUCCGGGCUGUCUUCAUGGCACGUGCAGUCAACCCUGGCAAUGCAAUUGUGAUGAAGGUUGGGGAGGUCUCUUCUGCAAUCAAGAUCUCAACUACUGCACAAACCACAAACCCUGCAAACACGGAGGGACAUGCACUAACACCGGCCAAGGGUCAUACACGUGCACAUGCACGGAAGGAUUCAGCGGCACCAAUUGCGAGGAAGCCCUCGAUCACUGUGCCGCGCACCAUUGUCUCAACGGAGGAACGUGCAAGAAUGGAUCCCGAAACUACACAUGCGAGUGCUUUCCGGGCUUCAGUGGUGCCCGUUGCGAGAGGGCUGCAGCAGUUAACCCCUGCUCGAGCGCCCCAUGCCAGAAUGGAGGAACCUGUGUAGAAGGAGCUAACGGAGGCCACUUGUGCGUAUGCACCCCAGCUUUCGACGGAGCUCUUUGUGAGACGCAGAGGAACCCUUGCGAACCGAAUCCCUGUCUAAAUGAUGGUAGUUGUCACAACUCUGGUAGGGGCGUGUCCUUCUCCUGCAUGUGUCCGGCCGGCUUCUCUGGACCCCGUUGUGAACGUGACGAUGACGACUGCGCCGGCCGCAACCCGUGUGCAAACGGUGGUACUUGUGUGGAUGGCGCCAAUACUUUCCGUUGCGCCUGCGUACCUGGAUGGGUUGGACCGACCUGUGACACGCAAGUGGAUGACUGCCUAGCCAAGCCUUGCGCCAACGGGGGAACUUGCCAUGAUUUGGUCAAUGACUACCGAUGCGACUGCGCCCCGGGAUUCUCUGGCAAAGACUGUUCCAUCAAUGUGGAUGAAUGCAGAUCUCAGCCCUGCUUGCACGGAGCCACUUGUGAAGACAGAGUCAAUGAGUUUGUCUGCCACUGCCCAGAGGGAUUCGCCGGCGCCCUUUGCCAGCACAGGAUGUCCAAUGGAUGGCCUCUAGAUGCCCACGAGGAAGUGUUCCUUCUGGAUGAUAACAAUCUGCUACCAGCUGAUCCUCGACCCACUUCUGUGUCGGAAAUUGCCCAUCAAAUAUCCGAAGAAGAGAUCUCUCCAGAAGCAGUCCCGCCUUCGGCUUCUGAGCAAGCAGUGGUGAUCGUCUGCGCAUCUCUCGCCAUGUGCCUCUUGCUGCUCCUCAUCCCUGCUGCCUGGUGUAUUCGCCGCUCGCGUCAGCGCAAGUUGGCACGACAAGCAUCAGAUGCCGAAGCUUGUCGCCAAAACGAACAAAAUAGUGUCAUGAACAAUAAGUGUCUAGAUAGACAGAUAGUCAAUACCUUGAGCCAUAAGGCUCCUAAGGUUAGCAAUGGAGGCGCGCCUCAAGAGGAGGCCUCCCUCCACAGGACUAAGUCCAACAAACUCCUAAACACGGAUUGCACGUGCAGCAUCCGUCACAGCAAGGUGCUGGACUCUGAGCAUGACUGUGCUCCAGAUAGGACGAUAGAACCUCCUUCUAUUUCGACCAAAAGGUGAAUUCGACCCCCAAGUGUCGUGUAUAUAAAAUUCCUUGUGCUUUCAUCGAUAUGUCUCGAGUAUAUAAGUUUGUUGCCACCGAUCCUCAACAGGGUAUCGUAAUCUCGAGUGGAGUAACGUGGUUUAGAUAACGUGUCUUGAGACGUCACAUUGAUUCCCUUCAUUUAUGAAAAAUGAGAGAUUCGUGAGAUCGUCGCCAGUCUAUUCCAAAGAAUCUGUUCCAACUACCGUUGCUCGAUGUCUGCUGCCAACCUAUUGCCUCGAGUCGGCCGCCUAGGCACUGCUGCAGGGUGCUUCAGCAGUUACAGCCAACAGCUGAAAACAAACGACUCAAAGCAUUUUCCUCCAAACGGUUGUUGUUCAUUUCUCAACCAAACAGCCAGUGGAAACGAAAGAUCGGUCACUUUGCUAAACGACACGUUGUAGUUCUUGUUCCUCUACUACUUUCUGUCACAAGACCAAACAUAUCAAUUAUCUGAAUCUUCAACGUUGUUAGCAUGUCUCAACUUUCACUGACGGCCUGUUAAAAAAAUGUUAGUCAGACACGUUGAGCCAAUGAAGAGUGAGAACAAGUGUAUGUGGUACUUACUACAUUUCCACAAAAGUCGUUCUAAGUUUGUGUAUCUCAUUUACGUUUGGCGCAAUCCUGGAGUGUAGCUGAAAUGUCAGUCUUAGCCAGAAUUCAACCUGCAAUAAUAAUCUUCGACGAUAGUUUCUGGCGUUCUUGCUCCACGGUGCGGAGCGAAUUGACCUGACCACGCUGGACGAAUGUUUGAUAGCGCCACCAGCACUCGGUCUGUCACCGACCACACAGUCAAAAUCUGUGAUCUAG